UGAGAGUUGGAAGUUUCAGAGAAGGGAGAAGUCGCUGAAGAAUGGACCAUUAAAAAGUUUGACGGGUGUGAGACGACUAUUUCUGAGUUGUGGGCUAUAGCUAAUUUAUCGGAAUGACAUUUUAGCGGGAAUUACAAUAACAGGCAUAUUCAUAUAGCUUACUUGUAUGUCCGCGAUAAAAUAUGGAAUCGAUGCCACGACGCGAUCGGAGGAUUGUUUGGAUAUUGAAGCAGGGCUUUUGAACCAACACAUCUGUCAAGGAGCAAUAUGAACGUAUCCAUACUAUCUCAAAUGAAAAUGUAAACAGUCCUUCAGGUCCCUAUAAAGAGUGUGAUGCCGACAGUGCCAGAGAAAGUAGUGCCACUGCCAGUAGAUCCUCUGUCUACAGUCUGGGGUGUUGUGGCGCCCUCUGUUGUGUGACAAGGGAAGGCCAGGCCAGGGACAGACAGGAUGGAGAAUGUGUUUGAGGAGGGGAUGAACCCUGUCAUCGUUGCCCACUACAACCACUCUGGGAAGUGGGGUCGACCUCGGAGCAGUGCUGCCUAUAAGACUGUUGUCCUCCUCCUCAUCUGUGUCCUCAUCGUGCUGGAGAACGUCACAGUGCUGCUGGCGCUAUGGAGGAACAAACGCUUCCACACUCGCAUGUACUUCCUCAUCGGUAACCUGGCCCUGUCUGACCUGUUGGCUGGGGUGGCCUAUAUGGUUAACAUCUUCACCUCUGGAAGCAGGACCUUCUUCCUGCCGCCAGCCGUAUGGCUGGCAAGAGAGGGCAGCAUGUUUGUGGCCCUCAGCGCCUCCACCUUCAGCCUGCUGGCCAUCGGCAUCGAGAGACACAUGACCAUGGUGCGUUUGCGUCCGUGCGAGGCGGCGGGGGGGCGGGGGAGGUUACUGGGGCUGCUGGGGGCAUGCUGGGCCGUGUCGGUGCUGCUCAGCGCCCUGCCCUCCCUGGGCUGGAACUGCCUGGAACACCUGGCCUCCUGCUCCACCGUGCUGCCCCUCUACGACAAGAGUUACGUGGCCUUCUGCAUCAGCGUGUUCAGCGCCCUGCUGGUGGCCAUCAUCAUCCUCUACAUCCGCAUCUACCGGCUGGUGACGUCCAGAGGGCGAAAGGUGAGCAGCAGGCCCACGGAGCGCUCGCUGGCCCUGCUGAGGACGGUGGUGAUAGUUCUGGGGGUGUUUGUGAUGUGCUGGGCCCCGCUGUUCCUGCUGCUGCUGCUGGACGUGGGCUGCAGUCCGGAGCGCUGCCCGGUGCUCUACCAUGUGGACUGGUUCAUUGCCCUGGCCGUGCUCAACUCAGCCCUCAACCCCCUCAUCUACACCCUGUCCAGCAGGGAGAUGAGAGCAGCUUUCUUCAGGCUGCUGUGCUGCUAUCAGCCUCAACUGGAGGCCCCAGCCCACAUGGCAGGCAACCCCCACCUGGGGACCGUCAUCCCCACGGCAGAGAACAGCAAGUCCAGUGUGGGGGGAGGAGGGAGUGGGAUAACGGGGGCUGCCAAGUCUCUGACCCGGGGAAAGAUUGCAACGCCCCUGAACUCUAACAACCAGCAUGGAGACCCCUCCACUCCCACGGUGCCACACCUCUCUGGACCGGCCGACCUGUUGUCAGCGGUGCUGGUCAAGGCUGGGGCACUGCCCUCCCUCAGUAAGUUCUGACUGGACAGUAUGCGCUCUAGUAGUCUAGCCAACUCCUCUGACUAUCAUUGUCAUGCCAUGUUUGUCAUAAUUGGCUAAAGCACAUCCAGAUCUGGGACCAGGCUAGAUUCACACAGCAUGGCUAGCUGGCAGGCAAUGCUGUGUGUGGGCAUUGUACAGGCGUGAACACUGGGGCAAUUUCAGUAUGUACUUGUGAAAAUAAUGACAGAGGAGACCUUGGGUAGACACUUGGAUGAGGUUUCUACUGAUGAACUUGCUGUAAAGACAAUACUUCACCAAUGAGCCCACAAAGCGAAGGGCUGCUAAGGAUCUACUCUAUUUACCAUAGCUCAUCUUAAGCUGCUAUUUUGCAAAGACAUUAAAAUGAUUUACAUUGAACCUUUGUGCCUUAUACAUACAUUUACAUAAUAUAUCAUAACUAUGGAACACAAUGCAAAAUGUUCCCACAAGUCAUGCAAUAGAGCAUGGCUGUUCAAUGUCGGUCCUGGAGGACCAAAACACUUCUGGUCUUCAUCCUCUCUUUCUAACCAGGGACCGAUUUAGACCUGGGACACCAGGUGAGUGCAAUUAAUUACCAAGUACAAACAAAAACCAGAAGGGUUUUGAAUUUAACAGCCCUGUAAUAGAGCAAAUUAUAGCUUUAUUAACUAUAUAUAGUGUGGGAAAAGUGAAUUAAUUGUAAUAAACUGUUUAUAUGUGUGUGAUAGAGGAUGGGUGGUGUGCAAAUGAAAGUAGGAUCACUGUGUAUUGCACACAUUGUAUUUUCCGAUUCACCUGCCUUUCUCUUUCUAUGACAGUACAGGAUAUUUAUUUUCAAUGAAGACCAAGGCCUUAUCAGUGUUAUGAACUGUGUGACAAUCCUUUGUGUGUAUGCCUUAACUGUAUAGUGAGUAAAAUAUUGAUUUUGUAAUGAUUUGAAGUUUACUGUCAGAGUAAAGAAUGUGUCAAUGUCGGUUCUGGUUCCUCUCAGCAACAGAAAUACAAGCCACUCACACUUCUACUAACGACUAGUGAGUUAGGAGUGUUAUAUUGGAAUUAUUUAACCAACAAUGGACUGUAAAUUACAUUUAAAUCUUGAGUGGUGUGGCGUCUAAAACCAUUACAUACCAAUUGAAUAAAAAUGACUCCCGCUUCAUAAGCAUUGGUAGCUUUUUGUGGUUUUGUAUGUUAGGCUUUCAUGUAACGCAUUCUCAGAGCAGUUACUGUACACAACAACAUUGCAGCAUGUUUUCUCACAAUAUUAUAUUUUAAUUCCAUUUGCUCUAGUGUCUGUAGACAUGACAGAUGUUACAUUUCAACUUGUUUUAGUUAAGGGCCAUAUUCCGAGACUUCAUCUUCCCAACUGAAUUAUAACAGGGAUCCUAAUCCAGAGAUAAUAAACAUACUAUCAUUAACGACA